AUAGUGCUGGCAAGAAAGUAAGAACGGUAUUUUGGCUACGGCGGGCGGUGCAAGCGACAGCCCUAGAGGGAGAGAUGGUGAGAGGAGGAGAAGCAUUGAGUGCAUACAGAGCGUUGCUAAGAGCGACUCGAAAAUCGUUCACGGGCGACUCACUGAUGCUGAAGGCAUCAGCCUCCGAGGUUAGGAAGAAAUUCGAGGAGAAUCGUGAUGUAAGCUCCGAGACUGAGAUCCAGAAGCUCCUCGAAGAGGCGCGGGAAGCUUCCCAUUUCAUAGCUACCAUGAUCGUCCAAGCUAAACUCAACGACCGAGGCGGCUACGAAGUGAAGCCUGACAAGGACCAUGCUGGAGCAACACUUGAGAUUCCAUCCGAAGAGAUUCUCCGGAAAUCUGUCUAAGGAGAUGAUAAUGAUGAAGAAGAAGAAGAAUAGACUUGGACCACACCAAAAAACAAAGACAUGUAUCGGUUUCAAAUUCUUCUUCUAUGGCCAACUCUAAUGACAUUCUAUUUGGAGUUCCCUGAGCAAGAUUUUUGUGGUUUAUCCAUUAUUGAAGCAUUUUUCCCCGCUUUUGUGCUCCACGUUACCGACUUAUGCAACUGGUAGUAGAUUUACUGAAUAACUAGAUAUAAAGCCAUCGCACUGGUUUUUGUUUUUCAGUCUUCUCUUUUAUCCUUUAUUGUUUUUGGUGGGGUUAUUUUCAA